UGCUUCGCUAGUUAUGAUUUAGAUUGUAUGAAAGUAUGGAACCAUAGAAAUGAAUUCCAGGCCUGAGAUUUUUGGCCAAAUCUUCUUCAAUCAAUCUCUCUCUCUCUCUCUCUCUCUCUCUCUCUCUCUCUCUCUCUCUCUCAAUACAAUCAAAUCCGGCAAACACAAUAACACAUAAGACGACAUUUAUUUCUGGAUCUCUCUAUACGCUUCUGCUUCUUAAUUUGCUUCUCUGUCAUACUAGCCACAGCGCAAAGCGCGGGGCUCUGUAACUAGUGUUGAUGGGGACUGAUAGUACCUGGGUGGGGAAGAAGCCUCUGAGGCGCAUCGGAGGCAUGUCCGAUGCUCUCUCUAUUGCUUCGGAUCUUGGUUUCUCAGUCGCUGCUGCUCCGACUCUGGACGAGCUUCAGAACUGGUCAAGUAGUACUGGUGAGAAAGGUGAUGACUUGAUAAGGGUUCUGAGGGAACUUACCAGUGUGCAAAGGAAAAUAGCAGAUCUGCAAGUUGAACUUCAAGGGAGGAAAGAUGAUAAAAAUGUAUCACAUUUGACAAAUGUGAGCGAAAUGGAAAAGAAGUGUGAAACUCUAUCAAGGAUUACUACGAUAUUAAAAGAUGUCAUUCAGAACAAGGAUCGUAUCAUUGCUCGUCUCCAACAACCAUAUUCACUAGAUUGCAUUCCAGUGGAAGCAGAGUAUCAGAAACAAUUCUCUGAAUUACUGAUGAAGGCUGCUAGUGAUUAUGGAGCAUUAACAGCAUCAGUUGCCGAUUUUCAGUGGAGCCAGACGUUUAAGGAGCCUCCUUCAGUAUGGGGGGAAAUGCUUCGUCCAAUUCCUGUUGCCUUAGCAUCAUGCACCCGGUUUUUCGAAGCAAUGUCUGCUAUAAGGGAAUCGUUUGCAACACUCCAACAUCUCAGAGUAGGACAGUCUGAUACCGCUUCUCCAAUCACACCAGCCAAGGAUUCCAGAAGAGUACCAGGGGUUUCUGAUUGUGUAACUCCACCUCCCUGAAAAACUGAACCAAGCUUUGAUGACUUGGCUAUCAAAAGCUCAAGAAGGCCAGAUAUCAAGCAUCAAGAAGCAGAGGAUGAAGGUGAGCUGGACGGCUCUAGCCAUAAGAGAUUGGCAUGGCCUCCUUCAAUUAAAAAGGCUGCUACUUAAGAAGCUGAUUUUUGCUGUGAGCCAGGGUAUGUUUUGAUGUGAAAUAGGUCAUGCAUGGUAAUAUAACGCAGCAGCCUGUGGAUACACUUCCUAUAUUGAUCAUACUCCUUAUAGUGCUGAACUUGAAAAACAUUAGUUUGUGCAGUAAUACAUUUGAUUCUAUUAUAUUGGGAGUAGUGCCAAAGUAAAUAAAGGGGUCAAGCUAAUAUAACUUCAACCCAUCUGCGUACACAACUAGUUAGCAACCCAUCUGGGUGAAGUGAAUCAGGGGUUGGAUCCAGAUAAUGGGCUUGGUGUUGGUGGGCUUGCAGUUAGGGUUUGGGCUCCUAGUUUAUUUC